AUGGAUAUAGGAACGAGUUAUACUGAUUGGAUGUAUAUAAGUGAGAGUCAUGAAGAAGUGGGUAAUGUAGUAGAAGAUCCAUGUGUGGAUAUGGUGAAUGAUGGAUUUCGUUAUAACGUAGGUAAUUUUGAUGAUAACUAUCAUUAUGAUGGUAGUUAUCAGAAUGUUCAAGAACCAGUACGUAACCAUUCAAAGAAGUUUAAUGACUUGUUAGAAGGUGCAAAAAAUCCAUUAUAUGAUGGUUGUCAUGAAGGUCACUCAAAGUUAUCCUUAGCUGCCCGAGUCAUGCAAAACAAGGCGGAGCAUAAUAUGAGGGAAAAGUUUGUGGAUUCGCAAAGUGAUAGUGGAAUUCGACCUAGCAACGGACAACCAAUUGAAGGUUCUAGAGGUUUACUUGGAUCAUGGUUAGGUCAAUUAAGCAAAGAUAUAAAUCUGAUACCCAUGAAAAUGCAAGAACGGAAUACAAAGAACCAAAAAGAAAAAAAUACUACGCCUCACUUAUGUGGAAGAAAGAGCUUUCCAAGGAGAAGAAAUGAGAUUAAAAUCAAGAUUGGAAAAACACCAAAUCGAGCAGAAUUAUUUAUUGACACUCGUAUGAAACUUGAUGGAAGCUUUGUAAGUGAGGAAGCGAAAACACGCGCGGAAGCACUUACAUCGCUGCUCAUUCAAAGUCCGCAUGUCGCAACCAAUGUUAUAGCUAGUUUGGAUGAUGAAUAUGCUCAAGUAUUUGGUCUCAAGCGUCCAGGACGAGUACGUUGUCUUGGUCAUGGACCCACACCUUCAAAAUUAGUAAGACAUUCAACUGGGACUAGAGCAGAUAUAGAAAAUUCAGAGAUGGUUGUUCAGCUUAAGACAGAAGUGAACGAGUUAGGAGCUCAAGUAAAGGCAAUGAGUACGUUCAUCCGACAAAUACUUGGUACUUCAACCCGUGACCAGGCAAAUACAUGGGCUGCAAGUUUUGCAACAGCUUUUUCAAUCAUACCAAAUCUAGCAUUUGCAAACAUAUCAAAUAUGGCUCCUCAGGAAAAUGAUGAUGGUGCUAAUGGAAGAAGCUAG